AGAGGAGAGAGAAAGAACUAUCGAUCGAUCUCGGAGAAGAAUGGGAGCAGGAAAGAAUACGGCAGAGUUCUUCCGACGGAGGGACGAGUGGAGGAAGCAUCCGAUGCUUGGGAAUCAGUUUCGUCACGCCACUCCUGGCCUCGGCAUCGCUCUCGUCGCUUUUGGUGUUUAUCUCGUCGCUGAGCAAGUUUACAACAAGACCAAUGCUUCUUCCUCUUCUCACCAAGUGAAGGCUGGGGAGCAUUGAGGAGAAUCGUCAAUUCGUCAUUUUCCUUGUUUUGUUUGUUUGUUUCUUUAAAGCGUUGGUUGAAUAAGCUUUUACUUUGCAGGGCUUUCCCUUCCAUGUAAUUUGCUUAGGAGAAAUUUUAAACUCUGUAUAAUGAAUGAAUGUAUGUAUGCUCACAUUUUAUGCUUCACUGAUUUCUUUCAGUGACUGAAUAUUUACUAUAAUUUUGAAUUUUGAUUCCAA